UUAGUUGUUUAAAUUGUAUUUCAUUUAUAAAUGUUUAUAACUUCCAAGUUCACAACGAAUUUUUUUCGUCUGUUUGUUUUUAGUGUACAAUAUUAAUUAUUAUUGAUAAUUUUUUUUUAAACAAAUGUUGUAGUAACUAUAUACCAUCUUUAAUUUUAUCACCAUGUCCAUAUUAGCUCUUAACGAAAGUAUUGUGGGCAAAAGCUUUGAAUACUGGAAAAAUUUAUAUGACCAAGGAAUUAUUGAUCGCCAUGCAAUUCAUCUACGAUUUAACCAUUUAAAAUAUGCCCUUAAUCACAACUUGAUUACCAAUGAUGAAUAUAAUUUACACCACUUAGACAUAACUGACCAGUAUAAUCCAUCAUAUACGGAUUAUAAGCCAUGUUCAUUAAUGAAUUUUUGUAAAGUGUUAAAGACACAUCAUUUAAUGGAUAACAUUAAAAUGAAUAAAUCAUUAAUAACCAAUAAACAUUCUAAAGAAUUAAUUAGCCAGGUACAAAAAUGUAUAGUAAAUGCAUCUGAAAAUAACAACCAGCAAACUGGAGUAUUAGGUAAUGUACAUGAAUAUUAUCUCACRAAAAAACAAAAAAGUAAUGAUGUAACUGAAAUACCAAAAAAGUCUAAAAAAAAACGUAAAAGAAAGAAAAAAUGUAAUAAUAAUGAUUUUAAAAGUAUAGAGCACACCAGUACACCAACAACUUUGGUAACCGACAAUUUUAAUCAUGAAUGUGAUGAGAAAAUGAGAAAUUCUAUUAUUAAACCGAAAAAUACAGUAGAAAUAUUCAUUCGUCAAAUAAACAACAAAGACAAGAACCAGAUUACCAAAAAAGAAUCAUUUGUUUCAAGUCAAAGAUCUGUUAGAGAUAUGUUCAGUAAAAUGUUAAAAAAAAUUAAAAAGGAAAGAAUACAACUGCAAUGUUAAUUUURUAAUAAAUAAUAUUUUUUAUCGUUUUUAAAUUUAAGCACAGGAUCAAUGGAUGGCCUCUUUACUCAAGCCCUGUCCAAACUGAUGUAAAUAAUUGUAAUUUAAUUUAACUUAUUGUUUGUUAUUUUAUCUUUUUUUUUAUAAUUCUUAAAUC